AAGUCAAAUUCUAGCUGUUGAGCACACUCCACCCUUAAAAACUUGAAAACUUAAAAAGGUACAUCCCGAGUACCGCCGGAGGGCGUAGUUCCAGGUCUCCCCGACAAAGACCUACCGCCACCGGCGACUGGGACUUGUGGGUAAUCUUACCUACCACCGUCUUACCUACCCUCUUACCCAAUUGACCACCCCAACUUCUCAUUUUUUUCUUCUUCUUCUUCUACUUCUUCUUCUAUGGGAUGGAUUGCUGACAAUUGAAUCAAACCCUCAUCGACAAUGUCUUCAUCAUCGGCGAAAGAUCCCAAUGUCAUCACCUGCAAAGCUGCGGUGGCAUGGGGAGCUGGGGACCCACUGGUGAUGGAGGAGGUGGAGCUGAGUCCCCCUCAUCCUAUGGAGAUUCGUAUCAAGGUCGUCUGCACUUCUCUCUGUCGCAGCGACCUCAACGCUUGGCAAUCUCAGGCACAAGCCCAUAUAUUUCCUCGGAUUUUUGGUCAUGAAGCAGCAGGGGUUGUUGAGAGGGUGGGACAAGGAGUGACUGAAUUCGCAGAGGGGGAUCAUGUGCUCACAACAUUCACUGGAGAAUGCAUGGCAUGUCAGCAUUGUACCUCAGGCAAAAGCAACAUGUGCCAGACACUGGGAUUGGAAAGGAGAGGUGUUAUGCACAGUGAUCAGACCACACGUUUCUCUAUAAAGGGGAAGCCCAUUUACCAUUAUUGUGCAGUUUCAAGUUUCAGUGAGUAUACAGUUGUGCACUCUGGAUGUGCUGUUAAAGUCAGCUCAAUUGCCCCUCUAGAGAAAAUAUGCCUUCUUAGUUGUGGAGCAGCUGCAGGGCUGGGAGCAGCUUGGAAGGUUGCUGAUAUAUCUGAAGGAUCAACUGUUGUCAUAUUUGGUCUAGGGACUGUAGGCCUUUCUGUUGCACAAGGGGCCAAAUUAAGGGGGGCAUCUCGAAUAAUUGGUGUUGAUACUAAUUCUGAAAAGUCGGAUAAAGCAAAGGCUUUUGGAGUAACAGAGUUUAUCAAUCCAAGUGACUGUAAUGAACCUAUUCAACAGGUUAUUAAGCGUAUUACAGAUGGAGGUGCAGAUUAUUCAUUUGAAUGUAUAGGUGACACUGAAAUGAUAACUGCUGCAUUACAGUCAUGUUGUGAUGGAUGGGGUUUGACAGUUACACUUGGUGUGCCAAAAGUGAAACCGGAAAUAACUGCACACUAUGCAUUAUUCCUUAGUGGAAGAACAUUGAGAGGAUCUCUAUUUGGAGGAUGGAAACCUAAAUCUGAUCUCCCCUUAUUAGUGGACAUGUAUUUACGGAAGGAAAUCCAGAUUGAUGAGCUCAUCACACACAAUUUGCCAUUUGAGGAUAUUAACAAAGCUUUUGAUCUCAUGCAAGCAGGAAAGUGUUUGCGCUGUGUUAUUCACAUGUCAAAGUAGUUUUCUUCGAGAUUAUGGUCCAUGAAACUGGUUAGAAUGAGUAGUACUCUUCAGGUGUCUGAGCUGCUUAUGAUUGCAUAUAUUUUUGGAAAUGAGGUACUUGGGAAAGUAUAUUGAAGCUUCAUAAUAAUGAUUUCUUUUCUUA